UGCAAUAACACCUAUCCCCUAUCGGUGGGGCUUGCUCUAUUCUAGACUGCUGCACUGCUGCUAUACUCUCUGGACAGCUGAGAAAUUCAAAUAACUCCGAAUCUUGCCAACUUCAAGAAAACCCAUGAAAUCAAACAAAGGAAUUUUGGAAAAGGGUUAGCGUACUCUAAUAUGAAACUAUAAAACAGAUUGAUAUACCGGGUAGAAUGAAGAAAUUUAAAGAAAUAAAUGCAGGAUUGAAAACUGUCUUCGAUGGAUUUAAAAUAAUCAAUAUGAGUCAUCUGUAGUGAUCUGAGUGACUUCUCAGCUUGUUUCUCUUUGAAUGAUUUUUGGCGGGUGUUUACGUUCCCGCUCAAAGCCAAACGAAUCAUCAAUACUGACCCAGAAGCGUAACAGGUGCAAGUUGGGUGCCGGCUGGGUGCAAGUGCUUGGAAUAAGAAUUGAGUUUGGAAGAUUUGGAUCUAUUCCAAAUUUUACAUCCUAGAACUGGAGUCAGUAAUUAGUCUUUCUACUGAAGAAAUAUUUCUGUAAAAUAUUUCGUUCUGAAAAAUGGUUGCAGGUUCCGGAAGUAGUGGAAAAAUGUUCGUCAUAAAAAGAGGGGGCAGACAGGAGGAAGUUCAUUUCGACAAAAUAACCUCCCGCAUCCAGAAAUUAUGCUAUGGACUAAAUAUGGACUUUGUUGAUCCUCCAUCAGUGACAUUAAAGGUAAUUGCAGGCCUCUAUUCUGGGGUAACUACUGUAGAGUUAGAUAAUUUGGCAGCUGAAACAGCUGCCACCAUGACUACUCGACAUCCAGAUUAUGCUGUGCUAGCAGCUCGUAUUGCUGUCUCCAAUUUGCAUAAAGAGACGAAGAAAACAUUCAGUGAGGUGAUGACACAACUAUAUACUUUAGUAAAUCCUCACACUAAGAAAGAGACUCCUAUGAUCUCAGAAAAUCAUUACAACAUCAUCAUGAAACAUGCAGAUCGUCUGAAUUCGGCCAUCAUUUAUGAUCGGGACUUCAGUUACAAUUACUUUGGCUUCAAGACCUUGGAGCGUUCGUACUUGUUACGAGUAGAUGGUAAGGUGGUGGAGCGACCCCAGCACCUGUUGAUGCGUGUAUCUGUGGGUAUUCAUGGUGAAGACAUUGAUGCAGCCAUUGAGACUUACAACCUGCUUUCAGAGCGUUACUUCACACAUGCUUCACCUACUCUCUUUGCUGCAGCAACGCCUCGUCCUCAGCUUUCUAGUUGCUUCUUGUUGUCCAUGCGAGAGGAUAGCAUUGAGGGCAUCUAUGAUACUUUGAAGCAGUGUGCUCUUAUAUCAAAGUCAGCUGGCGGAAUUGGCCUCAAUGUGCACUGCAUCCGUGCCUCAGGCAGCUACAUUGCAGGCACUAAUGGCACUUCCAAUGGGCUUGUGCCCAUGCUGCGUGUGUUCAAUAAUACUUCUAGAUAUGUUGAUCAAGGGGGCAAUAAGAGGCCAGGAGCCUUUGCCAUCUACUUGGAGCCUUGGCAUGCUGACGUAUUUGCAUUUCUGGACCUUAAGAAAAAUACAGUUGAAGAUGAAAGACUUCUUUGUUUAGGCAAGGAAGAGGUUCGUGCUAGAGACUUGUUCUAUGCACUGUGGGUACCUGACCUGUUCAUGCGUCGUGUGGAGGAGGAUGGAGUGUGGAGCCUAAUGUGCCCUAAAGAGAGCCCGGGGCUUUUUGACUGCUGGGGAGAAGAAUUUGAUAAGCUGUAUGAAAGCUAUGAAGCGGAAGGCCGGUUUGUUCGACAGGUCAAGGCACAACAACUCUGGUUCGCCAUUCUUGAUGCUCAAGUGGAAACUGGAACCCCAUAUGUGCUCUACAAAGAUGCUUGUAAUCGCAAAUCUAAUCAGCAGAAUUUAGGUACUAUCAAGUCGAGCAACCUGUGCACAGAAAUUGUCGAAUAUACUGAUAAAGAUGAAAUAGCCGUUUGUAAUCUGGCUUCUAUCGCUGUAAAUAUGUUUGUGCUCAAUGACAAAACUUUUGACUUUGAGAAGCUGCGUGAGGUGACCAAAAUAGUAACUCGUAACCUCAACAAAGUCAUUGAAGCUAAUUAUUACCCCGUGCCUGAGGCUCGCAAGUCCAACAUGCGCCAUCGGCCUAUUGGCAUUGGCAUUCAGGGGUUAGCUGAUGCCUUCAUCUUGAUGCGACUUCCUUUUGAGAGUGAAGGAGCCCAGAAAUUAAAUGUGCAGAUUUUUGAGACCCUUUAUUACGCUGCUCUAGAAGCAAGUUGUGAGCUUGCUAAGGAGCAUGGUCCUUAUGAGACGUAUGAUGGUUCUCCUGUCAGCAAAGGUAUUCUGCAGUAUGACAUGUGGGGUGUGACUCCUACUCCCUUGUGGAACUGGGCUGCAUUAAAAAAGAAGAUUGCAGCCCAUGGAGUUCGCAAUUCCUUGCUUCUUGCUCCCAUGCCUACAGCUUCUACAGCCCAGAUCCUGGGCAACAAUGAAUCAUUCGAACCCUAUACCAGCAAUAUCUACACUAGGAGGGUACUGUCAGGUGAAUUCCAGGUAGUGAAUCACCACUUGUUAAGAGAUUUGACAGAGGCUGGUCUGUGGAAUGAUGACAUGAAAAAUCUCAUUGUUGCUCAUGGAGGAUCGAUCCAAGCUGUGGAAGGCAUUCCACAACAUCUGAAGGACCUUUACAAGACUGUGUGGGAGAUUCCACAGAAAAUUAUCAUUAAUAUGGCUGCUGCUCGAGGAGCCUUUAUUGACCAGAGCCAGUCUCUGAACAUUCAUAUCGCAGAGCCCAAUUAUGGGAAACUUACCUCAAUGCACUUCUAUGCCUGGAAGCAGGGUCUUAAGACAGGAAUGUAUUAUCUCCGUACGAAACCAGCAGCCCAGGCUAUUCAAUUUACAGUGGAUAAAACAAAGCUUGCACGUUCUGUGGGCCAGAGGUCUCAGACAGAGAAUGGAACCACUACAAAUGGUGAGGAUGCCAGAUCAAGCAACAUGGAAGCCAUGGUGUGUUCUCUGAAAAAUCGUGAUGAUUGUGUUAUGUGUGGAUCCUAAAACUUAUCAUGUGUAUAGUACGCAAGAAUCUCAUCAUGCAAAUUUCAUCCAAAAAUUUUUUCAAACUGUAACUUUACCUCUUGCCAAAUAGACAUACUGUCAUAAAUUUCUUGGUUUAUACUGUGAUUUUCAAAUAAAUUGUGAUAUUUUAUAUCUUUUGAAAUAUUGAUACA